CCGACAUGCAACAUGCGUGCCGCAUCGCGAAAGCGGUCGGACGCUCGUGAGUUAGCAUGCGUUGCUUGCCGUACUCGGAAAACACGUUGUAGCCUGCAGCCGGGCCAUACGUCAUGCUCGCACUGCAUCCGAAUGAACAAGACGUGCAUUUUCAGUGGCCCACCGUCACGGACACCACUUACGCGGAAGAACCUGGAUUAUCUCGAGAAGCGAUGCCGAGGCCUCGAAGCACAGCUGGCCAGGUUGACUCACGACGCAACUCCGGCUGCGCCUGCGGUUUCAACGCUGUCUGAAAGCAUUGCUCCUGAGAACUCAAACAUAGUUGCCAGCGAUGGCCAGAAUCCUGACGUGCAUGAUUCUUCUGAGCAAUUUGAGACUACUUUUGACUGGAAUGAAAGCCAAAAUACACCCGGUGGCGACACUCAGCAUACUGGCGAUGGCAUGGCCUCGCUCACUCUCCGCGAUAGACAACGCGGCUAUCUUGGGAACAGUUCAGGAUCUUCUCUUCUCGAGAAACUGACAUCUACGCUCCCCAGACACAUACCACCGGAUUGGAAAACUCCCCGUCAUCACGCAUAUAAUCCAGACUUACAGAUGCAAAGACUGGCAUUAGCACACGGAAUGAGCAGUUCUGUCGUGCGUGAAAGUCUCAUCGAAGCUUAUUUUCGUGCCUACAGCCCAUCUUAUCCAAUACUGCACCAACAGUCUUUCCGAACAGCAUGCGAAAAACGAUCAUCGAUAUCCCCUAAUUCAACCUGGCAUAUCGUCUACUUCAUGGUACUAGCCAUUGGAGAGUGGGUCAGCGGAUUCAAUAAGGAUUCUUUGUCGAUGUAUUACGACGCCGCACGCUCUCGAUUAAGCAUGGACAUCAUGGAGGCCGGUACAAUGAACACUGUUCAAGCGUUGCUCCUCCUAAGUAACUACCUCCAAAAGACCGACAGACCUAAUACAGCGUACAACUUCCUCGGCAUCGCUUACAGAGUUGCCCUUGGUCUAGGCCUUCAUCGCGAAAUCAGGCUGGAUCGGGCGCCAGAAACAUGUGCGUUGCAACAAAGACGUUUGAUUUUUUGGACACUCUACAGUUUUGAUAGCGGUUUCAGCUUGACUACCGGCAGACCUAUAAUGGUUUCAGACGAGUUCAUCGACACUAAGAAGCCCCUGAACAUCGAUGACUCGAAGUGCAAUUCAAAUUCUGCGCUUCCCGCGCAAGUAUCGUAUCCUACCAGAUCUUCGGCCAUGGCUGCUCAGUCCUGUCUCGCAAUCAUCGCGAAUAGGAUCCAUAGCACCUUCCAGUCUGUCAAUGGCAUACGUGAUCUGGAACAGGUGACACUGAUCAUGGAGCAAGCCUUGAACGACUGGAAGCAAGCUUUGCCGGCGUAUUUUACGGCGUCAGAAGUACCAGAAUGGUUCCUCGGACCUCGCGCCAUGGUGCUGUGGAAAUCAUCUAACAUCCGUCUUGUACUUCUCGUCACAAGCCAGAAGUGUUCUGCCCAUGCAGGUUAUCAUCGGAAAAUGACCAAGAAGAUCUGUCAGCUCGCCAGUGAAUCGGGCCGAGAAAUUUGCAAUUUCUGCGAACGAAACCAGGCUCUAUUACACCAUGGACUUACCUGGUAUGUGGUGUAUUAUUUACUCCAAUGUCUGCUUGCUAUAGAAACCCAGCGAGUGCAUCUCGAAGACAAGUCACCGCUGUUAGAGACGAAUCAGCAAUUACCAGAUGCGUUGCCCGAGAUAAUUACUCGCGCACGCAACUGUCUGCGGGAGUUGAGCCGGACUAAUAUGCCAGCUGCUCGUGUCUGCCAGCUACUGGAUCAUCUAAGCAACAGAAGAUACCCAGAAGAUCGAAAUACGAUCACUUGUUCUAAUGACGAUCUCACGGCCGAUCAGGCACCAGAAUCUGUCGUUACAUUCAAUAUCCCUCAUCAGAACAGCUUGAGUGAACCUCACAGCUACCUGCCAGGCUCAAUGGGAUCCAACGAUUUGUCUCAAUUCCCUCUGGAGACCAAUAUAGCUGGUGACUCGUGGAUGAUGGCUGCGGACCCGUCACUGCACAUGUUCAUAAACGGCUCGGAUGACUUGGGCGAUAUAUUUGACGAUUUAGGUGGAUUUCCAAGCGCCAACGAUGGCGAUAACUUUUCUCAUUAUUUAAGAGGUCAUGGCCUCUAGGUGCGCUAGCCAUUUUUGAUGCUGUUGAAGCAAGCUCCGAAACUGGAUCCCCGAUCAGAGUAAAAAUCGUGGUAUUG